AUGUCUUCGUUACUAAACAAAAAUAUAAGAUUAUCGUUGUUACUAUGUCUUUUAUGUCUUAUAGACAAUUAUUGCUUGGAUAUACAAAAGGAUAUUUAUUUAAACAAACGAAAUAAUUCAGUACUACAAGUGAAUCCGUCUGAUGACAUAACUGAAUCAACAAAAGUUAAACGGCUGAAUAAAUCAAAACUUUCCAAUUCCUUCAAAUCACAAUCAUUACACAGACAUGGCGAUUUAAUUGAAUCUGGUCAAAAUGAUAUCACAAAAAUGAAAGCUGUAUUAAAUAAUACAGCUUUGCUACCAUGUCGUCCAGAUAAAAGAUUAUUAACAGAAAAUGGUAUAGACGAGAAUACUAAAGGCACUCUUUUAUGGAAAAGAACUAAAACCAAUGAAUAUCUUAUUUAUAAUAACAGACGACUUCAUUCAGAUACUCGAUACAUACUGGAUAUGUCAUCAUUUGAUCAGACAAUACUUGAUCUUCGUAUUGACCGUGUUCAAAGAACAGACGAAGGUGAAUAUGUAUGCUUAUAUUCAAAUGGUCAUACGGUUUAUAAACAACGUGUUUACCUCAAUGUACUUGUACCUCCGGUUAUUUCUGAAAAUAGUUCCAGCUCCACAAGAGUAACAGCACAUGAAGGUGAAGCAAUUAUCUUACACUGUAAAGCUUGGGGAGUACCAGAUCCUAUUAUUACAUGGUAUUUAACACCGAAAGAAGGACGUCAAUAUAGAAUAUAUGAAGCAACUGACAAAAGAUUCAUGAUUAAACCGAAUGAGUUAAUUAUUUCAAAUAUAACUCGUGAUUUGCAAGGAACUUAUAAAUGUUUAGCACAAAAUGGGUUAGAACAAAACGCAUGGCGUGUAAUAGAGCUGGAUGUAAGAUAUCCUCCAACUAUUGAAAUGGCCAAUCUCAAGCUUGGCCAACUACUUAAAGGCACGACAAUGGUACGAGCUGUGAUUUCUGGCAAUCCAAUUAAUUUAUUUUACUGGGAAUUUGAAGGAAGGCCAAUACAUGGACCCAAUAGUAAUUGUCUCGUACCGAUGCCGAAUGAAAAAUAUUGUAUCCUUGUCGACAAAGCAAAUUCUAAACAUGGAAUAAUCAGAACAACUUUGUUUAUAGCUAAUUUAACUAUGGCUAAUUAUGGUUAUUAUACAUGUGUAGUUGAAACACCGUUUGGUACAUUUCGCAAUAGUACAGAAAUAUUUAGAACUUACUCAUCUCCAUCAACAACAUGGGAUAACUCAUAUGGUGGGAACUACGAACAUCAUUUUUCAGGUUUAUUAACAAACUAUCAAGGUUCAUAUGAAAAAAUGUCAGAAAAGUUAAACAAACGUGCAACUUAUCUUACUCAAGAUCGUUUAAAACCAUCAUCUUAUUCCUCUUUAUCUUCAGUAACUGGACAAAAUGAUUUCAAUUCAAUAUCAUCUACUUAUACAAUAAAUCAACGACAACCACCAAUAUGUCCAACAUGUUUAAAAUAUAAAAAUAUUAAAGAUUUAACUACACUUUCACCAGACAUAAUGACAUUGAAUACUUUCAGUGAUUAUAAUCAUGUAA